AUAAAAACAGUAAUUUCACAUGACUGAGCACUAAAACUGCUGGUGUACUGCUGCCUCCAUCAGAUAGCUUGUUUGUCUUAUUGUGUGACUUCAAUGUUUUAAAGGGUUAGUUCUAAUUCACCAAAGUCACACAAUAACACCAACAAACUACCAAUCAAGGCGGCGUUAGACCAGCAGCGUCUGUGUUUAUCUUCGUCAAUGGAUUCUGGCUUUGAAGAAAGCGUAGAUAAACUUCCCUAUCUGUUUAGUUCGUCACUGGAAAGGGCGGUCCGUUUGGGAAGUACUGAUCAUACGACUGGAUAAAGACAAUGCAUAUGCUUCAUGCGUUAUGUAUGACUUGUGAACGGAUGUUUCAAUAUAGUUUUGCUGUUGUUAAUCGCAGCCACCUACGACUUCAAUCCCUCAAGAAUUUUCUCUGUUUUGGGAUUAUUUGUUCACCGUCGAGGAAUGUGAGAAAAACAAAGGUUCCUUCACGAAGGCAGCGUUACACAGGGGAGCCUGCAGAGGAACCCGCUGGGUCAGCUCGUGACUUUCUUCCUGCUUGAAGGACCAAAAGCAGAGCUAAAUGCACCCGAGUGAUCCUGGAGAAGCGGAGAAGAGAGGCUAACUUUCCACCUUUGUUCUUGCCUUAUGAGAACACUCUGUGUGGACUCUGGCUCAGCUCGCCCUGUGCUGUUUAGUUACUGCAUGUACUCACUCUCAGGUGCGGGAAAAAGAGUGAAACACAAAGAGGAGAGAAGAAAGAGAUAAAGAGAGCAAGGGCUGCAUAAUUAGUAUUACCCAGUUUGUGUCAGAGCUAGAAACCAUGAGAAGAGACUUCUGAAGAACGACUGUGCUCUGAAAAACAUUGCGGCUAACCUUCAGGACAUUUGUAUGUGUGUGUGGGUGUAUGUGCACACACCUCUUUCAUUUUCAAAGGACUUGAAUUUGUAUUUGGAUGCGGAUUUAGCCUUUCAUUAUGACUCUGCGAGGAGGCUUUGAGAGAGCGUGGAUUGGCUGCAACAGAGGUGUCUGCUGCUGGGCGCUGCUGCUGCUGCUGGCUUGUUAUUUCUCGAUCGCCUUGGCAGCCAAGCCCAAAAUGCCAGGCCACACACACCUCAAUUCAAUACGCAUUGAUGGGGACAUAUCUCUGGGUGGGCUGUUUCCAGUGCAUGCAAGGGGAAACGACGGCAAAGCCUGUGGGGAGCUGAAGAAGGAGAAAGGGAUCCAUAGGCUGGAGGCCAUGUUAUUUGCCCUGGAUCGUAUCAAUAAUGACAAUGAGCUGCUGCCUAAUAUCACUCUGGGGGCGCGCAUCCUGGACACCUGCUCCCGGGACACCCAUGCACUGGAGCAGUCACUGACAUUCGUUCAGGCGCUGAUUGAGAAGGACUCAACUGAUGUCAAGUGUCUCAGCGGAGGGCCGCCCAUCAUCACUAAGCCUGAGAGAGUGGUGGGAGUGAUUGGUGCGUCUGCCAGCUCCGUGUCAAUCAUGGUAGCCAACAUUUUGCGUCUCUUCAAGAUCCCUCAGGUGAGCUACGCCUCAACAGCUCCGGAGCUGAGUGAUAACACCCGCUAUGACUUCUUCUCCCGCGUGGUGCCCCCAGACACGUACCAGGCCCAGGCUAUGGUGGACAUUGUCAAAGCCAUGCGCUGGAACUACGUCUCCACUGUAGCCUCCGAGGGAAACUAUGGGGAGAGCGGCGUUGAUGCGUUUAUUCAGAAGUCUCGAGAGGACGGUGGUCUCUGCAUUUCCCAGUCUGUGAAAAUACCACGUGAACCUAAAGCUGGAGAGUUUGACAAGAUCAUUCGCAGGCUGAGUGAGAAUCCCAACGCCCGAGUGGUCAUUAUCUUUGCCAAUGAGGAUGACAUCAGGCGUCUCCUUCAAGCGGCUAAGAAGGCCAAUCAAACUGGCCAUUUCAUCUGGGUUGGUUCAGACAGCUGGGGCUCAAAAAUCUCCCCGAUACUGAACCAGGAAGAGAUGGCAGAAGGCGCUGUCACCAUCCUCCCCAAACGACAGUCCAUCAAAGGAUUCGAUCGCUACUUCAUCAGCCGAACGCUCGAGAACAACAGGAGGAAUAUUUGGUUUGCAGAGUUCUGGGAGAAUAACUUCCAAUGCAAGCUCAGUCGACACGCUGUGAAGAAAGGAUCUGGCAUCAAAAAAUGCACAAACCACGAGCGAAUCGGGAAAGACUCAUCCUACGAACAAGAGGGGAAGGUCCAGUUUGUGAUUGACGCAGUUUACGCCAUGGCUCAUGCUCUACAUAACAUGCACAAAGAUCUCUGCCCUGGGAAAGUUGGCCUCUGCUCCAAGAUGGAAACCAUAAAUGGCACACUGCUGCUCAAGUACAUCCGCAAUGUUAACUUCACAGGGAUUGCUGGCACCCCGGUGGUCUUCAACGUGAACGGAGAUGCUCCAGGUCGCUACGAAAUCUACCAGUACCAGAUCACAAAUACCACAACAGAGUACAAGAUCAUUGGCCACUGGACGGAUCAACUCCACUUAGAUACCACUGAAAUGCAGUGGCCUGGUGCAACACAAGAAGUCCCGUCCUCUAUAUGCAGCCAACCCUGCCGCCCUGGUCAGCGAAAGAAGACAGUGAAGGGAAUUCCAUGUUGUUGGCACUGCGAGAAUUGUGAUGGUUACCAGUAUCAGGCAGACACUUACACCUGCAAGAUGUGUCGCUUUGAUCUGCGGCCCAAUGCGAACCACACUGGCUGUGAUCCCAUUCCCAUUGUCAAGCUGGAGUGGAGCUCUCCGUGGGCAGUCAUCCCCGUUCUUAUCGCUGUCCUGGGUAUCAUGGCCACUCUGUUUGUGGUCGUCACCUUUAUACGCUACAAUGACACACCCAUUGUUAAGGCGUCAGGUCGAGAGCUGAGCUAUGUGCUGCUGACUGGCAUCUUUCUCUGCUAUGCUACAACAUUCCUCAUGAUCUCCACCCCUGAUGUGGUAAUAUGCUCCCUGCGAAGGAUUUUCCUGGGCCUGGGUAUGAGUAUAAGCUAUGCAGCGCUGCUGACCAAGACAAAUCGGAUCUACAGGAUUUUUGAGCAGGGCAAGAUGUCGGUCAGUGCCCCUCGAUUCAUCUCCCCAGCCUCCCAGUUAGUCAUCACGUUCAGCCUGAUAUCACUGCAGCUCCUCGGAGUGUGCAUCUGGUUUGGCGUUGACCCAUCGCAAGCCAUCAUCGACUACGAGGAUCAGCGUACGGCUAAUCCCAAAUUGGCCCGAGGUGUUCUGAAAUGUGAUAUAUCAGACCUCUCCCUCAUCUGUCUGCUGGGUUAUAGCAUGCUGCUGAUGGUCACCUGCACAGUUUACGCCAUCAAGACCAGAGGUGUCCCCGAGACAUUCAACGAGGCCAAACCCAUCGGCUUCACCAUGUACACCACCUGCAUUGUAUGGCUUGCCUUCAUCCCCAUCUUCUUUGGGACCUCACAAUCAGCAGAAAAGAUGUAUAUCCAGACCACAACCCUGACCAUCUCUGUAAGCCUGAGUGCGUCAGUCUCUCUGGGAAUGCUCUACAUGCCUAAGGUCUACGUGGUUCUCUUCCAUCCAGAGCAGAACGUACCCAAGCGCAAGCGCAGCCUGAAAGCUGUGGUCACUGCAGCCACCAUGUCCAACAAGUUCAACCCUAAAGGAGGCCUGAGGCCCAACGGAGAGGCCAAGUCUGAACUCUGUGAAAGUCUUGAAACACAAGUGUUGGCUUCCAAGCAGACAUACAUAAGCUACAGUAACCAUGCCAUCUAAGCCAGAGACGAACAGUGGAAGCGGAGCCAGCGCCUGCCUGAGGAGAAAUCACCUGAUUCUGGGGAAUACUGGGGGAAAUACUGGAGGACUUCCAAGCUGCUACAGCGGAGAGGACUGGGGUGGAAAGAUGGGAAUUUGUCACUCCAUGAAAAGAAAGGAUGUCAUAUUUUUCUAGAGAAUCAGGUAAAGGCUCAAACGCCAAAUUUAUGAGAAAUUUGAAGAGAGGGAGGGAGAUGGGAGAUGUAAGGAGAUUGGACAGUUAAUUUUCCUCUUCCCACCCUUUCUGAGACGCGAGUGAGCAUUGAGCAGUGACGUUUCCAGAUGCAGGCUGAGCGAACCACCUGGAGUCUACAGUAUGUUUUCCUUCUGAAGUGUAAAGCACACAAUUUCAGAUCUCUCUGAGGCUGAACCGUUUGUCUCAUUUCAACAAAAAAAAAAAACAAAACAAAACAAAACAAAAAAAAAAACCCAGGGGGAAAAGUGUUCUGUUUGCGCUCAAGUCAAAUGCAGUCGACAAGAUGAAGCAGUAUAAAAAUAUAGUCAUUAUUUUUUUGGUUACUGGUAUUAUUGGGGUUGAAAGCUGCAGUACUCUUCAAACUGUACAUGCCUUACUACAGUACAUUCAGUAUUCCUACAUGAACUAACCAUAUCUGAAACACCUGAAAACAAAGCAGGGGGUCAUCCCAGGUUUUUUUUUUAAUAAAUGUUUCAUAAUGAUGAUGAUGAUGAUGAUGGUGAUGAUGAUGAUGAUGAUGCCGUCAUCUUGGCAAACCUAGUGUACAGUCCCAGAGCAUGCUUGUGGGAGCAUCACAUGUACUGUGCUGUGUUGUCAACGUCUUUGGAAUGCAACAUUUGUCAUGGUUGUCAUUCACAGUGGAGAUGUCAUUUUGGACCAUUACCCGCUGGCUUACCCUCUGCUGGAUAAAGACUAUUUUCUCAAACACAAAAAUUAGCAAAUCUAAAAAGCAAAUUGCCAUGUAAUACCGUCAUAGUUUAUGCCACACUCCAUAAAUGUCAGCCAGGACUUUAAAGACUUGUUGAAGCGUACUUUAAAAACAUCCCAGAUUUAUUGGCCUUUAUUUAUCACGCUCUUGUUCAAGCCUUUCAGGUUCAAAUUACCCGAUUUGUUUAACUUCCAUCGCAGCUAACAUUACAGGUACACCUCUUGAGACAAUAAUAACACACUUGCAUUUGAUAUUCCCUCCAAUAAAUUAUAUUUUUACUUCCAUAUUAUCCUGUGUUUUCUAUAUUUGUGUAUUUCAAUGUUUAGUGAUAUAGAAUUUGAAACAUAUUCUUAAUUUUUAUAGCAGGUGAGCUUGAAUAAUAGCAUAUUUUGUCCCUAAACACUUGAUUUGUGAAGGAGUAAAACAGCACAUUAGAUAUAUCAUGUUUAAAGCCCAAUAUGAUAGAUUACAUUGGACAGUAUUACAUCUCUUGUGAUUUAUGAUAGAUGCACAGGUAAUUUAGGAUCCUUGCAAAGGAUUUUUUUUUACCCUUUUCUGGGUCAUGAAUUUUGAGGCUACAGUGGAAAUGAUUAAUGAGAGUUUUAAUAGUAUUUUGGGUACAAAAUUAGGCUCAUGCAGCUACUCAGUAGAAGGCCCAUUUGAAGAAGGUGCAAGCUCAGUUCCAUCAAACAGCAUAAAUGUUCAAAGAUAAUUAGGUGGAUGGUAUGCAUAGCACUCCCGAAAGGAGUGUUUUACCUUUCAACAGACCCAAUACAGCCUUUUUAGGGUUUAUAGCUCCGCUUAAAUAUUCUCCACAAUCCCAGAGAACAGUAUCAUGUUAACUGUCAGAUUUUCACAUAUAAAUACAUUAAAGGUCCAGUGUGUAGGAUUAAGGGGGAUAUAUUGGCAAAAACAGAAUAUUAUAUUCAUAACUAAGUAUUCAUUUGUAUAGGAAUUGCUGUUUUUUUUUUUGUUUUUUUUGUUACCUUAGAAUGAGCCGUUCAUACUUACAUUUGGAGAUCCGCCAUUUUGUUUCCAUAGGCCUAGAUUUAAGGGGGAAAGAGGGGACACAUCCCCUUCAACAUGUGCAUUCGUUCUCCCCAAUAAAGAAAUUAAAAUAGCAGAUUACUUUUAUCUUGUCAAAAAGUAAGACAUUUUGACUUUAAAUUUAAGCAGAAAUAGCACAAAUUGGUGCAUAAACAUUCGCCAGAAUUCAGGAAAUUAAGUGUCUGAUGAUAAAAAUUUCCUGGGGGAGGACCCCCAACCCACCAUUUUACAUGUGUCCUCCCUAAUGUUGAUACGAAACCUACACUCUUGGUUGUUUCUAGCCCAGAACGGACGAACCCAACACUGGCUGAGUAGGGCAGUUUGCAUUGUUGUAUCUGCCACCAUAGCUCUCCUACAAGAUUGGCACAUGGGAGGAGUUUCAGUUGGUUAAAAUCUGCAAUCUCACCACUGGAUGCCAUUAAGUCCUACACACCAGGGGCGUCCGGUGGCCCAGUGGGUAGAGUAGGCGUCCCAUGUACAAAGGCAGACUUGCUGCAGCGACCAUGGGUUCGAUUUCAGCCCACAGCCGUUUGCUACAUGUCGUCCCCUCCGUCUCGCCCUGUUUCAUGCUUAAUACCCCCCAAAAAUCCUACACACUAGACCUUUAAAUAGUUGUUUAAUUCAGCCGAACUAUCAAUCAAUCUAAUAUCACAAUAAGUUUGGACAAAUACUUCAAUAUCAAUAUUGUAGGGUCAUAAAAUAUUUGAAAUAUUUGAUAAACAAAAAAAAACAUCAAUACUGUGGAUAGAGUAAAGGCAAAUAAUAGAACAGCUAGAACGGUCUGGUAAGUUCAGAAAAUUACAUCACUUUACUGCAAUAUAGCCUUAAAAACCAGGAAAAGACAACACUUACAGUAUGAGAGUAUCCAAAAUCUAAGACCAUAUCUUGUCUCCUAUCAUUUUAUCUAUAUAUUCCCAAAUUCUAGGCCGAAACAAACUUUGUUGCCGUUAACUUGCAUCCCACUAAGUAUUAACACUAAUGACUGCAGCUUUAAUCACACACAAAUUGAUUUUCAGAGUAAUAUCGACAACCUCUCAUUUCCAGAUGAAACAUCGGGUGUACAUCUGCUUGAUAAAUAAAGGCCAGUGCCUUCAUUCUGUGCCUCAUACCCAUUAAACUACUCCUGCCAUCCUUCCAGUGGAUCUUUGAUGGUGUUGUUUACGUUGCAUCCAUUACCUUUCAAGUGUACUCUGAUCAAUCACGAGGAAGAGAGGACUCAAUGUACAAUUUAUAAUUAAGUGUGUAAACUCCAUCUCUGUCUCCAGUCUCUAAAGUAUUUGUCAUAAGCAGUAACUCUGGAGUUUGUCUCAUUAAAUGUUAUCCUCAGCGAUGCAAAAAUAUGUAUGUUGCAUGUCAAAACUCAUAACAAGUCAUGUGAACAAUUUGAGAGAGAGAAGUGUAAUGUCCAGAAGGAAAACUACUGCAGAGGAUUAUAAAUAACUAAUAUUUUUUGGUUUAAUCAAUGAUUCUCUCAGAUUCAACAAAAGUCUAGGGUGUUGCCGCAAAUGUUGUUUUUUCAUCAGUUGAUAAAGUAUCGUUUGUGGGAUUGUUUGUGUUUGUGAAUAUGAUAAUUUACUGCUUUUUCUUUUUUGCCACAACCCCCCCUCCCUCCCCUUUAUUUUUCUAAAAAACACUUUGUCUGUGUUACAAAAUAGAAAUAUGUAAGUGCUGACUGAAAUUAAGUGGCAAGUUAAUGUACGUUAUUAAAAUGGAUUGAUCAUGUCUGCUUUAUGUACUGAA